AUCCAAGCACGGUCCAUCUUACGUAAUAAGUCUUUGCACCAUUUUGGGAACAGUGGUAUUGCACACUCGAUGGGAGAGUCAGGACACAAAGUGCAGCAGUCAGCAUUUUCACUUCUCUCUUUGGAGUGACUAACCGUAAUACGCACGUAACACACACUUCCCUUAACAUGCAGGAUACUUACCAUGUCAACACUGGGAGCUACACGUUGCCAAAUGCAGAUUAGAAAUCUCUUCUUUUCUUCUCCGAGUGCGCCAUCAUAAUGGUUCGGUACUUUUUUAAGGCCACGGUUCGUUUUGGUUACAGUAGGGGAACAAAAUGCUCUCCAUCUUGUUUGUGACAUUAAAAGACUAAUUUGGCUCUGUUUUGUUUGUGGCAAUAAAAAACCAACAGUAACAAGCGAGAGAAGAACGUCCAUUUGUAUUUCUAAACUCAUUUGUUUUUCUUUUCAUGUUUUUUCCUCAUGUGUUGCGCAUUUCUUAUGGCCAAUUCUGCAAAUUCAAUGAUUGCGUGAUUACAUCAUACUCCAACCCACCGACACCACAGAUAGAUUGCAGGCAUGUGGGAAACACUGAACGGCCGUAGCGGGACGGCUGUGCAAAAGUACGUUGGUAAACUGCACUCCCUGGCAAUGAGUUGCCACCUUGGGCUUUUAGCUUGCUGGCUAGCACUGCUUAACUCUUUCAGUGGGGAUCGGUUGGCCCAGCUUCGAGCCCGAGCGGGUGCAGGGCCAAGUAAUAGGACAAUCCCAGCCAUGGAUACAAAUGAAGAUCAAUAUUAUCUCCUCCAGGAGCUUCUGAAUAACCUUGACGUGACGUACGACCCGAGCUACGUUCAGAGCGAAAGUGUUAAACUCUGCGACAAGUCGUCUGUCGUUAACUUUGGUUCCGAAUUCAACCCGGUGUUCUGCUACGUCAACUUCAUCCUGAGUUACCUGGGCAACGGCCUGGUCCUCUACAUCAUCUUCAAGUAUGAGAAGCUCAACACAGUGACAAACAUCUUCCUGCUUAACCUGGUCCUUUCCAACAUCCUCUUCGCCUCCAGUCUCCCUUUCUGGGCCACAUAUCAUCAGUCUGAGUGGAUUUUUGGUACUGCACUGUGUAAGAUUGUGAGCAGUGCCUAUUUCAUUGGCUUCUACAGCUCCAUCCUCUUCCUCACGCUCAUGACGUUUGAUCGCUACCUCGCGGUGGUUCAUGCCGUGGCGGCUGCCAGGAGCAGGAAGAGGAGCUAUGCGGUGGUUUCUUCUGUGGUGGUUUGGUGUAUUAGUAUUCUCGCCAGCGUGAAAGAGCUGGUUUUCCAGAACGUGUUUGAGAGUCAGUUCAAUGGACUGAUGUGUGAGGAGUCCGGGUUCUCGGCGGCAACCAUGGCCUUCUGGCGCCUGGUCAGCUACUACCAACAGUUCCUCAUGUUCUUCCUCCUCCCUCUCUUCAUGGUGACAUACUGCUACAUUAGCAUCACCAUCCGCAUCCUGUCCACUCGCAUGAAAGAGAAAUGCCGUGCCAUCAAGCUCAUAUUCGUCAUCAUCUUCACCUUCUUCAUAUGUUGGACCCCCUACAACGUGGUCAUCCUCCUCCAAGCCAUACAGAGCACCAGUUCAGAAGUGGAGUGCGCCAACUCUAAUAAGCUGGACUAUGCGAUGUUUGUAACGCGUAAUUUAGCCUACCUGUACUGCUGUAUCAGUCCAGUCUUCUACACCUUUGUGGGGAAGAAGUUCCAGAGCCACUUUAAAAGGAUGCUUGCUAAGAAAAUCCCUUGUUUGAGGAGACGCUUCAGUCUCAGCAGCCACAGCACCAGAUCCACAUCACAGAGGACGCCUCAUUCUGAUAAUGAGUACUAGAUAAACCUACGCCAGGGGUGUCCAAAAUGCAGUCCGCUACUCAAAUUACUGAAAUAAAAGAAACACAACCCACAUUAGACAUUAUGAAGGAUUAUUUUGGCCAUCCAGAAAACAAAAAAUUGGCCCACAUCCAAGAAAAAUAGCCCCAACAAACCAAAAUGGCCAACUGCCUGUAUGUCUUCCAGCAUACGUUCUUUGGUGAUUUUCAUGUAUUAUGAACACGUGUACAGCAGAUUCGUGAUUCCUACCUGCAAAUUUGCAGAUUUUGGGCAAAAAAAAAUGUAAAUAGCCUGUUUUUUUCCACAGAAAACACAUCUAAAUUGCCCUGUGGCGCUACUAAUUUAUAAUUAGGUCGUAAAACAGCCAAAAUGUACAGCAUACACAGGCACGGAUUUAGAGGGGCUAAUAAAAUGAUAAACCAUCCUGGAUUCCAGUCACCCAGUCCCAGUGAAGGUACAUGUAUGUCUAAACCGGUACACGUUGAUUUAUUAGUACUGCUACUAGUACCAAGACACAUCACCCCAGGCCACAGUCAGUCAACUGACCCCAGAGCUGAUCUGGCCUGAUUCUGAUGUAUGUCCAUAGGGACAUGCAUCUGACAUGCAUCUGAAUUAUGGGCGCAUGGUGGACGCAUAUGCCAGAAUGCAACCGAGACACAUGCUAUUCCUGAACCCACUGUCAGGCUGAUAAUUUACAUUGGACAUUGAACAUGUGCUGUACAUGGCUAUUCAGGUGGAGGUGCAAAAUAAAGGUUCUGGCAUCGUGACUAUGAGGAAAACUGUUGUCUAUUCUCAAUGAAAAUGAACCAGAAAAGCCACCCCCAGUGACAUAAAAUUAUACUCAAUUCCUCGGAAUUUACAGCUGCUUCAAAUUGGAAAAUAUUUCAGGAAAUUGAGCUAAAAUGGGUUUCUCCUAGUACUGGUAAUUUUAUAAAUAGAAUGUUUUGGCUUAAACGAUAUAUUCCAAGGAUAAAAAUAACAAGAAACUCUUGAAAUUAAGGACAUAAAAUUGGCCUCAGAUAUCACAGGAUUGCAGGAAAUGAGGUCUAAUUUAAAAAAAAAUUCUGGGGGAGGUUCCCCCGAACCCCCGCUCCAUUUACAGCACUUCGGCCUACGGCCUCGGCCACACCCCCCCUUUUCAAAAAAGCUAGAUCCGCCCCUGAUACAUGUACCACCAAAAAAGAGCUCACAAUUCUUACAUGUUUAUGCUCCACUGUUUUUUUCCUCAAGCGUUGCAAAUUCCACAUUUUGUACCUCUGUCCUUGAACGCAACAUAGUUGUGUGACAAGGUGCCAAAUUAAAGCUUAUUUUACUUCUACAUAGUGACUCCCAGCUGUUCAUAAAUCAUUUUACAUUAUCAGUCAUUAGUGGUGAGUACCUGUAAGUUUUCUGUGUUCAAUAAUAAAAAACAAUAAUUGAAAAAAAUAAAAAAAUUAAAUGUAUAAAAUUACAAUUAUUUGUGUAGGUGUGUCAGGCAAUGUUUAGGGCGUAAACCUGGUUUGUGUCACGAGUGAACAAUGGCAACUGAAGAGAGAAAGGGUUGGGGGGUCUGGAGCUGAAUCUAAUUAUAUGUUGAUCUGAAAUUGAAGGCGAAUGGGGUUUGGAGGGAGUGGAGCAAGCCGUGUGUCAAAAAUAGACAUUUUUAUGGGUUUGUCAAUGACUUAUGGGGAUCUACUGUAUUUGGGCCACAUCUAAAACAAAAAAAGGCCCAAAUCCAUAUAAAAUGGCAUACAAAAUGGCCAGCAAUGUGUGCAUCUUUCAGCAUAGGUUUUGGAUGAUUUUUGUGUAUUCUGUCAGGAUGAACAUGUGCCCUGGAUUUGCUGUCAAUCACAACAACCCAGGUGGCAGAUGGGAAUAUUGCCUCACUCUCCAGGAGGCGCUAGUGAGUGGGUCAAGCCAUACAAUAUGUCUGCCCUUUGUAUUGCGCUAUAUGUUUUCUGAAACAUUUUGUGUGGCAGUUUAUUCUCCCUUGGACGAUUGAGCAUGUGCCUUGAGACAGUUUCCUUGAGGUUUUUUUUUUCUUGCCUUUUAUACAGUUUGAAAAACUCACACACGCUUGUCUUAGGUAAUAUCAUAAAAUAUAAUCAAAUAUACACAUUUUAGACAUUGUGAGGCAUUGUUACACAAAGACAUUAUUAGAAGAAUGAACUGUUGCUAGAAGUCUGCAUUAACUGUAAAGCUGCUUGAUUUUGUUUUUCUGCGAGUGUCAUUGACAAGCAGAGUGCUUUAAAGUGAACUGCAUUAACUUUAAAAUGGCA